AUGGGGCCUGGAACUUCAGGAAGUGGGGUCAGGACAGUGACAGCUCCACGCUCAGCACUGGGCUCCGGAGUCAGCCUGCAUGCCUAUGACAUAGGGGUCCUGGUCGUCUACUUUGUCUUUGUCAUUGGCGUGGGGAUCUGGUCGUCCAUUCGCGCAAGCCGAGGGACCAUCGGCGGCUAUUUCCUGGCGGGGAGGUCCAUGACCUGGUGGCCGAUUGGAGCCUCUCUGAUGUCCAGCAAUGUGGGCAGUGGCUUGUUCAUCGGCCUGGCUGGGACAGGAGCUGCCGGAGGCCUUGCUGUUGGGGGCUUCGAAUGGAAUGCAACCUGGCUCCUUCUGGCCCUGGGCUGGAUCUUUGUCCCCGUGUACAUUGCUGCUGGUGUGGUCACAAUGCCACAGUACCUGAAGAAGCGAUUCGGGGGCCAGAGGAUCCAGGUGUACAUGUCUGUCCUGUCUCUCAUCCUCUACAUCUUCACCAAGAUUUCAACUGACAUCUUCUCUGGAGCCCUGUUCAUCCAGAUAGCCUUGGGCUGGAACCUAUACCUCUCCACGGCGAUGCUUCUGGUGGUGACAGCUGUCUACACCAUUGCAGGGGGUCUCACGGCUGUGAUCUACACAGAUGCUCUGCAGACGGUGAUCAUGGUGGGGGGCGCCCUGGUCCUCAUGUUUCUAGGCUUUCAGGAGGUGGGCUGGUACCCAGGCCUGGAGCAACGGUACAGACAGGCCAUCCCUAAUGCCACAGUCCCCAAUACCACCUGCCAUCUCCCCCGAUCUGAUGCCUUCCACAUGCUCCGGGACCCUGUGAGCGGGGACAUUCCUUGGCCAGGCCUCAUUUUUGGGCUCACGGUGCUGGCCACCUGGUGCUGGUGCACGGACCAGGUCAUUGUACAGAGGUCUCUGUCUGCCAAGAAUCUGUCCCAUGCUAAGGGAGGCUCGGUGCUGGGGGGCUACCUGAAGAUCCUGCCCAUGUUCUUCAUCGUCAUGCCUGGCAUGAUCAGCCGGGCCCUGUACCCAGAUGAGGUGGGCUGUGUAGACCCUGACGUCUGCCAAAGCAUCUGCGGGGCCCGCGUGGGGUGUUCCAACAUCGCCUACCCCAAGCUGGUCGUAGCCCUCAUGCCUGUUGGUCUGCGGGGCCUGAUGAUCGCCGUGAUCCUGGCCGCCCUCAUGAGCUCACUCACCUCCAUCUUCAACAGCAGCAGCACCUUGUUUGCCAUCGACGUGUGGCAGCGCUUCCGGAGGAAGGCCACAGAGCAGGAGCUGAUGGUGGUGGGCAGACUGUUUGUGGUGUUCCUGGUUGUCAUCAGCAUCCUCUGGAUCCCCAUCAUCCAAAGCUCCAACAGCGGGCAGCUCUUCGACUACAUCCAGUCUGUCACCAGCUACCUGGCCCCGCCUAUCACUGCCCUCUUCCUGCUGGCCAUCUUCUGCAAGAGGGUCACAGAGCCUGGAGCCUUCUGGGGCCUCAUGUUUGGCCUGGCAGUGGGGCUUCUGCGCAUGAUCCUGGAGUUCUCAUACCCAGCCCCAGCCUGCGGGGAGGCGGACCGGAGGCCGGCCGUGCUGAAGGACUUCCACUACCUCUACUUUGCACUCCUGCUCUGUGGGCUCACUGCCAUCGUCAUCAUCACUGUCAGCCUCUGUACCACCCCCAUCCCUGAGGAGAAGCUUGCUCGCCUGACGUGGUGGACACGGAGCCAUCCCCACUCUGAGUUGGAGAAGGAGGCCCCGGAGGGCACACCAGGGACCUCAGAGAUGCCAUCUGGGGCAUGCCCUCCAGGAGGCGGAGAGACAGAGAACUCCAGCCAGGACCAAGACCAGCACAGAGCCCGGCGCAGGCGCUGGGGCCGGCUGCUGUGGGACUGGUUCUGCGGGCUGGCCGGGCCCCCAGAGCGGGCGCUGAGCCCCGCGGAGACGGCCGCGCGCCAGCGGGAGCUGACCAGCAUCGCCGAGGAACCGCUCUGGACACGCGUCUGCAACGUCAAUGCCGUCCUGCUGCUGGCCGUCAACGUCUUCCUCUGGGGCUAUUUCGCGUGACUUCGCAGACCCGCAGACCUCCAGCGGACGCAGAGGAAACGGGGCCCAAGCCUGCGGCCUCAGAGACAGGCUUCCCUCGCAUCUUGCCAUGGAAACCGGCGACCACGAGAAGGAGACACCAGACCCCC